UUGAGAGAAAGAGGAGAGCACUUGUCCACUUCACAUGUUACUCCGUCUACACACCCUACAAGCGCAGGUCAAUAAGCAAAUUGAAAGUAGCUUCAGUGGAAUCCGUGUUUCCCAUUGGAUGACACUGGCCAGCACGUUUAAGCUAAAGUUGCCGCAUUAAACAUUGGGAGUAUACUGUCACUACCCAUUUGUAGUGAUACUGUUCAACUCUUGGCUUUGGAGGGCACCAGUUUACUUCUCUGACUCUGGAUAGGUGGUUUAUUUCGCACAACUGAUACAUCGUGAACCAUGGAGAUUGGAAUAGACAUACUUCUCUGUUGUAUACUCCGGCUCUGUUUUCUCUUCGGAACAUUUGGAGUGGUUCCAGAGUCCGAGCCAGUGUUUGACGCACCAGUGGUCAACGUUACUGUCAAAGCUGGGACGACCGCCAUCUUACCAUGCUCCGUCAGGUUCCUCGGUGCGCAUCAGGUGGUCUGGACGGACCAAUGGUCGACUUUACUGACGUUUGAAGACAGAAGGAUAAUUGACGACGAGAGGAUCAGUGUUGAGAGGCCAUAUACCAAAGACUGGAACCUGCAUAUCCGAGCAGUGAGAAGCACAGACAAGGGCGUUUAUAACUGUCAAGUCAACACAAGCCCAGUCAAGAUUAAAACAGUCAACCUGUUUGUUCAAGUUCCAGCGAAGAUAAUAGCCGAUUUAUCCUCCAGUGACGUCACAGCGCUUGAAGGAGAGACAUUGACGCUUGUAUGUAACGUGACAGGCGUUCCCAUGCCAACAGUCACGUGGUACAGACAUCCUCUGGAGGACGAUGGUUUGAAGCAAAGAAUCGGCAUGGACGGUGAAGUCCUUGUCAUUUACAACGUCAGUCGAUACUGCAGCGACACCUAUGAAUGCGUCGCAUUCAAUGAUGUUCCUCCAGCGGUCAACAGACAGAUAAAAGUAACCGUUCAGUUUCCACCGGAGGUCAGAUUGCCUACCAAACGCAUAGGACAGGAUGUUGGCAGGGAAACCAUCUUAGAAUGUGUCAUUGCUGGCAGCCCACAGGAAAUAAGCGUAUGGAUUCGAAAUGGAAAGGAACUAACCGACAGUGAAAAGUAUCGCAUUGAGAUAUACGAAGAUAAGGACCACACCAUUACUCUGAGUUUGAGGAUUAGAAAUAUCAAUGCAUUCGAUUUUGGCCAAUAUACUUGUAUGGCAUCUAAUAUACUAGGCAAAGACAAGGAGACGAUGCAGCUUUAUGAUUAUUCGUUAUACAAGAAGACAACGACACAGUCUCCCCCGACAACGCCCCCUCCCUUGUACACACCUUUUUCCCAUUACCCCUUGGCCACACAGAGGACCUCUGGGUAUGGGGGCCGCACGGAGCUGCAGUUUGUUACCAUUAAACAAACGACGAAACACAUACCUGGAAACAAUGAAGAUGCUCACAGACCUUUAGGAACCAGGAACAGCAACGCUGUGACGUCGGUACACGUCGUGACAGAACUCUUUGCAACCACAGCAACGAUUGCCAUAUUCUUGUCAAACCAAUGGUUGUGAAACGUGGGAAGUUUAAACAGUAUUACAUAUUUGCUCAACCAACGCCGUCCAGAGACUUCCAUGUUGUAUAGAUACUAGAGAGACACAUAUGUGGAGUACAGUAAUUUUUGACUUCAUUGGGUGGAUGUAAUGGUUUUUCAACAAGUGGGAUACACCAUCGCAUUCUACCCUGACACUAUGGACUUACUGCCAACAUGGAUCAUGAUAUUAAUAUUCAGAUCUAGCAGUGUUUGACAAGAAACACCCUUCAGCUUCCAAAGCGACAUGGCUCGACCGUGUAUAUUUUAUGUGCGCUUCCAACAGCUGUCAAGGGUGUCGAUGAAGGGAUGCUUCCAGUGACCAUGUUCCACAUAACAGUACCAGUGACUACGUCAUUGCUUUAAAGUACAUGUACAGAUAACCAUUGAUGUCAAAGCACAUACUAUCGCAUAUAUGUAUUGUAAAUAUUGCAAGUGUUCUUGUUAUAUGUUGUGUUUAACGUUCAACCACUGUUUCCAUGUUGUUUGAUAUAACACGGUAAUCUCCCUUCCCACGUGUUUGCCAAUUGUAUCUCGCGUUCACAUUCAAUGUGAAUAAACAAAAAUAUAUGUGCACUUCUCACGCUGUUCUUGUCAAUACUGCUGAUAUAUAUAUUUAACAAUUAAAAUGAACAUUCUUUGAAUGUACAUAUUUCCUUAUGUCGAAUAUUUCCUUCCAAUAGUGUACAAGACAAAUCACUGUUGAGAAUACUUGAUUCAUAUUGCAGAAUAUUUUCAUUUACUAGGCAUGCAUGUACAUUGACAAAAAAAACAUUAUUAUAGAGACUACCAUAAAAUAAUAUAAUCUCGGAAUUUAUGUAGAAACAGAGUAAAUUUGGUACACUGUUGGCAAUCUUGAGAAUAUUCUGGGAAGAACUCGUAUGCAAAGAGCAAAUGUUUUAAGUAAAGGGUUUAAGAUUCAAGAACAAUAUGGUACCAUUGAAACAUUUACGGCGUGAGAUCUACUGGUUUAUUGUAUUGGUUUAUAUUCUGGUGUACGAAUAGGAACAGUGUUGUGCAUUUACACGAUCAUUGGUAACCGUUUGAACAGAGGUAGACAUGAUGAACAUAUGAAUUACUUCCUUUGUGACCUGUGAAG